AUGGCAUCAUCAAAUGACGGUCAGUUUUCCAGGUCACUGAACGGGUGUCUGGAAAAUCUCCUCACUUCCGGCAUAAAUACUGACGUUACAUUUUUGGUUGGCCAAAACAAAACAAAUAUUUCCGCUCUUAAAUAUAUUCUUAUCAGCCGAAGUCCUGUGUUCGGCGCGUUGCUGGAGGGAGCUCUAGCAGAGACAGGGCCAAUCACCAUUCCAGAUAUUUCAUCAGAGAUAUUUACAAAGUUUUUGAGGUACCUGUAUACCGACAGAAUUAGCCUGCGGGUUAAUACUGCCACCUCCGUUUUGUAUGUCGCCAGGAAAUACAUGGUGGAUCGUCUUGUCGGAAAGUGCGAAUCCUUCCUCAAGUGUUAUCUUAACACUCAGAACGUUUGCCAAUUACUGGAAGAUGCUCACCAUUUUAAUGAAGAUGGUCUGAUAAAUAAUUGCUUAAACUUGAUAUGGAAAUCAGAAGGAGCGCUGAGAACUGGUGGUUUUCUUGAUUUGUGUGGGACAUGUGUAAAGAGUAUCAUGGAGUCUGAUCAUCUGGCGGUGAAUGAGAGUAGGGUGUACGAGGCGGUGAUUAGGUGGUCCGAGGCAGAAUGUUGUCGCCAAGGUCUACACUUUAACGACAUCAACCGCCGGCAGGUACUAGGGGAAAUCUUGUAUACUGUCAGGUUUCCCAUAAUGUAUCCUGGGUACUUUAGGGUAUGUGUCGCCCUCACUGAUGUUCUUACGACAAGCGAGAUGCGUGAUAUUAAUCUCUUUUAUGUAAAUCCGACACAAUAUCCAACCAUCAGAUUUAAUUAA